AUGAAGGUGGCAACGUGCGCGGCGCCGACCAACAUCGCGGUCAUCAAGUACUGGGGCAAGGACGACGUGGCGCUCAACACGCCGCUCAAUUCGAGCGUGAGCGUGACGCUGCACCAGGACCAGCUGCGCACCACCACGUCCGUCGCGGGCGGACGGGAGCUGCAGACCACUCGCCUGUGGCUCAAUGGCCAGGAGCAGCCCAUCAACAAGCGCGUGGCCAUCGUGCUGCGCGAGAUGAAGCAGUGGGCGAUCCGCGUGCGCGGCAGCGACAGUGAUGCGACGCAGCACCUGCACAUCGUGUCCACCAACUCGUUCCCGACAGCGGCGGGGCUCGCGUCCUCCGCUGCCGGCUACGCGUGUCUCGUGGCGGCGCUGGCCGAGUUCUACGGUCUCUCCAAGGCCGACGAAGAGUAUCCCGGCCAGCUGUCGGCCAUCGCGCGCCAGGGCUCUGGAUCCGCCUGCAGGAGUCUCGACGGCGGCUUCGUGGCCUGGCAGAAGGGAGAGCAGCCCGACGGACGCGACUCUAGCGCUGUGCAGGUCGCGGACGAGCUGCACUGGCCGGGAUUGUGUGCCGUGGUCUGCGUGGUGAACGAUGCGCAGAAGGACACAAGCAGCACCACCGGCAUGCAGACGACCAAGGCCACGAGUCCGCUGCUGGCCUACCGCGCCAAACACUUGGUGCCCGAGCGGAUGAAGAUCAUGGAGAAGGCCAUCUUGGAGAGGGACUUCCAGGCCUUUGGCGCGCUCACCAUGCAGGAUAGCAACCAGUUCCACGCCACGUGCCUCGACACCACGCCGCCGAUCUUCUACCUGAACGACGUGUCUCGCCAGAUCAUCCGCCUUGUGCACCGCUACAACGAGCAGGCUGGCCGCGUGCAGGCCGCGUACACGUUCGACGCCGGUCCGAACGCCGUGCUCUUCGUCGAGGAGCAGCAUGUGCAAGAGGUUGUGUCGCUGGUGCACCACUGCUUCCCUACGUCGCACAAGAUGACCAUCAAGUCGUCGAUCGCCGUCGACCGCACGCCGUCUGCAGCGCUUCUCGCGAAGAUGGAGGCGAAGGCCGAGAACGGCAAGGCCUUCAACCUGCCGCACAUCCCCGACAGCGUCAAGAUGAUGUACGUCUCUCGCGUUGGCGGCGGCACUUGCGUACUGCCUGCGGAUGAAGCUCUGGUUGACGCUCCCAGCUUCUGGCUGCCAGAGGAGCCGGCGCUGCGCUAUCUUGCCACUGCAGUCGCGGCCGCUGCGGUGACCAGCGCCGUGUUGCUGCGCAAGUAA